CAACCCUAUGAAAGUAACUUCAUCCUCUUUGUUCUCUUAUGGUGCUUUCAAAAAUUUUAUUUUACGCCGUAAUUAUGUUCAAGCAGUAGAAAAAGGGUCCCAACAAACAACUUCCAAAAAACCAGUAUUCAACCACAUCGACGUAUUUGACGUGGAAUCUAGACUCACUGAAGAGGAACGCUUGAUAGUUGCACAAGUUCGCAAUUACUGUUCGGACAAAUUGAUGCCCAGAGUCCUCGAAGCUUCUAGACAGGGACACUUUCACCGCGAAAUUAUGAAUGAAUAUGGAGAAUUAGGAAUUCUGGGUGCCACUAUUCCAGAGUAUGAGUGUCCUGGUGUCUCAUCUGUAGCGUAUGGAUUGACUGCCAAGGAAGUAGAAUAUGUCGAUAGUUCUUAUCGUUCAGCGUUAUCAGUACAAUCUUCUCUUGUCAUGCACCCUAUUUACGCUUUUGGGUCAGAGGAACAGAAAAGAAAGUUUUUACCUCCUUUAGCCAAAGGUAAACUGGUAGGUGCAUUUGGUCUCACCGAGCCCAAUCAUGGUUCGGAUCCUGGAAGUAUGGAAACUCGAGCCCGUCGUCUCCCAAACGGUGGAUAUUCAAUUACAGGCUCAAAGACCUGGAUUACCAAUUCUCCUAUAGCUGACCUAUUCAUCGUCUGGGCAAAGGAUGAUGAAAAUGUAAUAAGAGGUUUUCUAUUGGAAAGAGAUAUGAAGGGGAUCUCCACUCCUUCCAUUGCUGGCAAGUGGUCUCUUCGUGCUUCAGCCACUGGAAUGAUCAUGAUGGAGGAUGUGCAAGUAUCUGAUGAAAGUAUAUUACCCAAAGUACAAGGUUUGAAAGGACCCUUUUCAUGUUUGAAUAAUGCUCGAUAUGGCAUUGCAUGGGGAGCAUUGGGUGCUGCACAAUUCUGUAUGGAAACCGCCAGAAGUUACUGUUUGGAGAGGACUCAGUUCGGUCGUCCUAUUGCAGCCAACCAACUUGUUCAGAAAAAGCUUGCAGAUAUGGUGACCGAAAUACAACUUGGCUUGAAUGCUAGUUUGGUAGCUGGAAGGAUGAAAGAUGAAGGAAGGUUGUCACCUGAAGCUAUUAGUUUGUUAAAAAGGAAUAAUGCUGGAAAGGCAUUGGAUAUUGCAAGACAAGCGAGAGAUAUGUUGGGUGGAAAUGGUGUCUCCGAUGAAUAUCAUGUGAUUCGCCAUUGUAUGAACUUGGAAGCAGUCAACACCUAUGAAGGUACUCAUGAUAUUCAUGCGUUGAUAUUAGGGAGAGCAAUUACAGGGAUCAGUGCAUUUACAAACUAAGCUGGUUUAUACAAAGCCAACCUCUUGUCUAGUUGCCUUUGACUCAUUACACAGACACACACACACUAUCUUUCUCCCUCUCUCUUUCUCUCUCUCU